AUGUGGGCACCUGAUAUCUAUGAGGGUUCACCCACCCCGGUUACAGCAUUCCUUUCUAUUGCGCCUAAAAUUUCUAUUUUUGCUAAUAUUUCACGUGUUUCUAUUUAUGGUUCCUAUGGAGCUACAUUGCAACAAAUCUUCUGUUUCUGCAGCAUUGCUUCUAUGAUUUUAGGAGCACUGGCCGCCAUGGCCCAAACGAAAGUAAAAAGACCUCUAGCUCAUAGUUCAAUUGGACAUGUAGGUUAUAUUCGUACUGGGUUCUCAUGUGGAACCAUAGAAGGAAUUCAAUCACUACUAAUUGGUAUCUUUAUUUAUGCAUUAAUGACGAUAGAUGCAUUCGCCAUAGUUUUAGCAUUACGGCAAACCCGUGUCAAAUAUAUAGCAGAUUUGGGCGCUCUAGCCAAAACGAAUCCUAUUUCGGCUAUAACCUUCUCCAUUACUAUGUUCUCAUACGUAGGAAUACCCCCGUUAGCCGGCUUUUGUAGCAAAUUCUAUUUGUUCUUCGCCGCUUUGGGUUGUGGGGCUUACUUCCUAGCCCCAGUGGGAGUAGUGACUAGCGUUAUAGGUUGUUGGGCGGCCGGAAGGUUGCCACGAGUCAGUCAGUUUGGGGGACCGAAGGCAGUUCUCCGUGCACCGGACACGUAGCUUACCGAAUCAGUUGCGACACCGAUGGGAAUGCAUGCUACGAAAGAUAGGGUCGAGUCUGAAACAUCAACCGUCUACUCAAUAUCCUUGUACGAGUCCACAAUCACUACACGAGAUGAACCUUGGUUUGGUGAAUUGAAGUUUGCCUUAGGUGUAAAAAAAAGGACUCCCAGUUACUGCGCGCGAUCGUAUACUGAGGUGCUCCCCGCCGGUUGUUGGAACGACGCGAGCCGGGCCUCCAUUCAGAAAGAUGAAGGGUCCAAACAAAAGUAAAAAUAGGGGGUUACAAAUUCCCCAUCUCAUUGGGGGCGGAAAACGAAUCGACAUCUCGAUGUGAUACAGCCUUUUCUAUUUUUGUUGGGAAAGAACGGCGAAGUCCAUCCGAACCGUCCAAUGAAGAAUAAGAGGAGAGCAAAGCGCCAAUGGCGCGCGAAGCGCAUGCGAAAGGGGCACGGAGAUAAAAAAUAAGUGUGGAGGAUAAGCAGCCGAGCUCAUUCCCUUCGCUUCCUGGGCCCAAAGCAGUGCAGUCUUUCCUGGCCAAAUCAAGGAUUGGGGGCUUCUUGCUACGCUACUUAAAUAAAUCCAUUUUUUUUAGUCAUAUAUAUAUAUUAAUAGAAAGAUAGAUCCAUCCAUCUAUCCUAUCCGAUUUUUAUUUUUAUAUCUAAAAAAGAAUCGAUUUCAUUCAACGUUUGAUUCAAAUAACUGCGCUUAGCCCCCCCCCGCUCAUGAAACGGCUCUGCUGCAAUGGAUGGCAGAGGGUCCGUAGUACCCAAAGAACUGGAGUGGUCCAGUAGCCGGGAAGGGGCCUAGAAGUGCCAACUACUACACCACACUACACUCGGCUCUACACAUUUACAGAGCUAACCCCUGUCCAGUCCCUGGCAGAGUGAAGGGGGCUUCCAUCCUUAUUCCCUAUCCCCUCGCCCAGGCUAACGGGGCCUUACUUAUUAAGGGGGGGGGGAGAGUGGAGCCCCGAGAAGCACUGUUGAGAGGAAGAUCCUUGGCCCCUCCUCAUUCUCUACAGGGUUCCAAACCUUUCUUCAACAUAGGUGACAACGAGCGGGGCAGAGAUGGAAGAGAUCGAACACGAGAAUAAGAAGCAAGCUCGCCUUCCUUUUUUAUCAUUUUGAUAGAGAGGGAUGGAGAAAGUGGACAAAACAGACUCGCAUUUCCCAGUCGAAAAGAUGGGUUCCUUUUUCGUCUUGCAUUUCUCAUCGCGGAAAAAGAAUAAUAUUUAAAACGUUCCCAACCCACCAACCCUUUCCUUCGUAGAGCCGUGUAUUGUAAUCCGAACCUGCCCGGAGCGAGUCUCCCAUAGAGGCAAGUUCAGUUGGUGAGCCGUAUGAUGGGCAACUAUCUCCUGCGGUUCGGAGAGGACUCAGCUGUUAGUUAGUACCCCCUUUCGGGGUGGACCUUUCACUCUAUUUUAUUAUAUACGCUUAGCGAAAAGAAUGUUUUUUGAUACACCUAGGACAUGGAUUUUAUAUGAACCAAUGGAUCGUGACAAGUCGUUACUACUAGCAAUGACUUCGUCUUUCAUUACUUCAUCCUUUCCAUAUCCCUCUCCCUUGUUCUCAGUUACUCAUCAAAUGGCACUCAGUUCAUAUCUUUAAGUUCGAUCAUUGACAAGGUUCAAAGAAAGGGUGGGCCAUAGUGUCUAUAUGGGAACCGGCCGUAAACUCCUUUUCUGGUGUAGAUCCCUUAUGAAUAAGUUCCCCGGGUACAAGGAAUGAGUGCUCCUAAUGUCUUUUCGGUGUAGAUCGUCUCUUUGAGACCUUUUCAAGUCUCUUCGGUAUGGAUUCGGUGCAGGGAUUCCUGCUUGUGCUCUUUCUUUGUGGCAUUAUCGGGCUUAAAGACCAGGCACUCUAUAUGUGUUUCGGUAUUGAUCUGAGCACUCGUGUAACUACUAAUAAAGCUCGAGGGACCUUUCUUUCGGCUACCGGUUUUACUUAUCUUGGUCAGGUCUAAGGGUAAGCCCUUUUCUGACUCUUCAACUCCCUUCCUUUUUUCUAUCGGAGUGCAAACCGGGGUUGUGAGCGAGCAAUGAAUCAGGCAUCGGUCGUUCCAGCGGUAGAGUCCUUCGGAUGUUGAAUGGUCUCGUUCCGUUCCUGUGUAUAAAGGAAGUAACCCGUGGGUAUCUUCUAUUGAUUAACGAACUGGGAAUCAGAGCUCUUCCGGAUCUUCGGAUGAUAUGAUGGGUCAAUCAUUUGCUUCAUUGGUUUCAACGGUGGCAGCUGCGGAAUCAGCUAUUGGGUUAGCCAUUUUCGUUAUAACUUUCCGAGUCCGAGGGACUAUUGCUGUAGAAUUUAUUAAUAGCAUUCAAGGUUAAACAUGACUCCUAGAGAAUUACCAAAAUACGAAGUUAUCUUUUCUCCUUUCGUUCUCUUCUUUAUUUAUUUUUUAUUUUUACUUGGUUGGCAGGGCAGGGUCGGGGCCUUUAUCGCUGGGCGAGCGCAUCCGAUUGAUUCUAAAGUCCUUUCCUAAACCACUUCCCGUUUAGUUGCUGAAAGAUAGAUAGAACCUUUCUAAAUGAGAUUGAGUUCCACGCAUAUGCAAGCUAGAAAGAUGCUAUUUGCUGCUAUUCCAUCUAUUUGUGCAUUAAGUUCGAAUAAGAUAUCAAUCUAUUUCGAACUGGCUCUGAGUUUUUUACGGCUGAUAUUGCAAGCCAAGGGUUUAUAUCUGACUGAGGGAGAUUCUUGGCUCCGCGCAUUCCCCCACUUCGAGGAGACCCUCCUUUCCGUCUCGGAGGAUAGGGGUUCGGUCGCAUCGACCCCGGUGGAGGGGGAGGGGUGGACAAGCUUCGAGGAGCGCGUCCUAUUAGAACCGGCGCUCGAUUCGUCGUCCUCCUCAGUCAAUGGGCCGCCCUCCCACACGGAGGCGGUCGACUCCGCCCAAACUUAUGUAGAUCCAAAUUUGGAUCCAGAAGAACUUAUAAAAAAAAAAAGAGAGCUGCAUACUUUGGUUCGGGAGCAGCUCCGCCAUUUUUGUGAGCAGGGUGGACCUAAAUCGAGUUUCUACUCAGAGGAACGCAAUUCCGUAUACUCCCAAGCUGCUGACAAUAUUAUCUCAAGCUUGGAAAUUGGGGGGACCAUAUCCGAGCACGGUGAUUGGAUAACUCACCUGAAAACCCAUCCUAAGACUCUGGAUGGGCUUUAUAGAGAUUAUAGAAUCAAAAAAUAAGAAAAGUCUUGCUUUUUUUAUAAUAGUUGCUCGUUCGCCGUGGACCAGCCUCGCAUCAAGGCAUGUCUAAGCAGGGUCUGCACUACUACUGUCAACAGGAGGAGGCGCAGAUGAAUUGCCAGUGUUAAGCAUAUAGACGAGUUCAUCGAUAUUCAAAGUCUUUUCUUAAUGCUUAGCCUUAGCACUAAGAAAAGAGGCCCCAGUCUGGACAUCAAGGCUAUGGAAGGUUACUGGCUGGGGAAGGGGGAGCGGCGGAGUGGGCCCCCUUGGUUUGUGCUGUUAGCCUAUCUUUUAUAGGGUACUAUUCCUUACUUUAGAAUUCAUACCCGAUAGAUAAUCAGAGUAGAAAAUUGCCCCUCAUUCCACCUCUCCGGCUCGUUACAAGUAUUCUAUUUGUACCUUCUUCGUCUUCUCGUACCUCUUCCUUCUAUACGUCUGUAAGGAUUCAUUCCCUACUUCUCGGAUCCCAUCUCCUUUGAGAACUACCACUCAAGACUGUUGGAUCACUCAUCAAUGUCAUCAGCUUAAAAAUGAUGGCUUUGGGGAAGCUGGGAAAGCGAUAGGAUAGUUUUCGCUCGACCAAGCAGUCGUUUCACUCAACUAAACCAGUCUUAGUAGUAGCCUAGCCUAAUCUUGAGAUUUCCCUUCCUUCCCAUGGGCUAUAGGAGCGGUUUCUAGCUUUACUUCGACAGAAAGGGGAGAGAUCGAAAGAAUUGAACUAGACCAGAUCGAAAAACCUGAUUCUUUUGCAGCUGCAGGAAUCUAGGUUACUGCAGAAAAGCAAUCCAUCCGGUAAUGCAGGAAAGGCAAGGAAAGCUGUCCCGGAGUGGAACCGUGAAAGAAAAUAUCUAUCAUCACCGGUAGGGAAAGGAGUCAUUCAAAUAAAGAAGUCACAAAAAGAAAGAAUAAGGAUCCGGAUCAAGAGAAGAAUCGGGUUUAGCGGUAAUGGCAUAAGCCAAAGCUAGAUCACCGGAGUUUAGGGAAAUGGGUACGAGAGAAAAAGGUUUUGAAAUGCAUAUUCCGAAACCAGAUAAUCAACCGAAGGAGAUUCCCCUGCAAAAAGGAGAUGGCUCUAGUUUCAUACUCAUCUUCUAUUUUCGAGAUUCCGGCAUCCCAAGGAGCGAAGCGGCUCAAAGGAUUGGCAAUUCAGCUCAGUCUAGUCUGAGGAGAUGGGCUAGGCUACUCGCCCCUUACAUAGGAAGAGGGGGAAGUCAAGUACCUAGAUCAAAGAUCACGAUAUCCGGUUUGGUGGCGAGGAAGGGCAUAAAAGAAAGCACCAAAGCAAACAAAGUAGAUUCUUUGUUGAGUCAACUGGCAACUGGGAUUGCAGCGGAUCUAGUGGUUCUCCUAUUCUACGGUCUUGCUGCUGAGAGAGAGUAAGAAUAGAAAGCAGAAGCUCGCCCGGGAGAAAGACAAGGGAUGAUUAAGAUACGAACUUGCGGAAGGAAUGAAAAGGUAUUCGACUAAGACGGGGACGGGUAUUCCCGAAGAUGCUUGACCUAAGAGAUAGAGACGAGAACGAGACUAAGAAAAUAAUAUAUUGGAGAGGAAAGAAGCAAGGCUUUCCUUGUGUAAGCGAAUCCCCCAUUAAGGAUAGAUAUAAGAGUGGUCAGGAGUGUCUGCAAGGCAGUUUUCUUUAUAAUGUUUAGUGAGGUAUUUAUUUCCGGUUAAGCGCAGUGUCUUGACUUUCAAGCCUUUAAGUCUCUUGGGUCAAUAGGGAUCAGGCAAGCUAGUAAGUUAAGUUUCUCUUAAUUUUCCGAGAUAAGCAGUUCCAUUCCAUCGCCUUCUCAAGGAUUUUACCCUUCGCUUUCCACUGAGCUGAGGUAAUCCCUGAAGCCCCUCUGCUUGCAGCGGCUGUUGCCAGCGAGUAAGACCGUGAAAGCUAUGGCUAGGGAUUUUCUGCUUGACAAGGAGAGGAAUCGUUUUGGACUUUAGCUUCUCCCUGGUAUAUAAUACAAGACUCUUACUUUACCCAGUUAUCUCCUCUUUCUUUAGAAGCUGUAUAACCGUAUAGUAAUAAAGCGGUAUUUUAUCCAUUGGAGGAUAAAGUUAGCUAGUUCAAGCAAGGGCAAAAGCAACUACAAUUGAAAAUCUCUAGGGGCAGGGACUACCGUUAGCGGGACAGCUACGGCAAUAACAAGGAAGGACUAGUCGAGAUGAAGGGAGACUUUCAUUGUCUAUAAAGGGAUAAACUCCAACGACUGACUCUGGCUAUAGGGAUGUGAAAUAAUUCCCAGGGCUAUCUUCUCUCGCUCGAUUGGGCGCUACUUGCCUAUUGACAGAAGUCAUCUCCGAAAAAGUCUUCGUGCUCAACUCGCUUUGUUUGUUAAGGAAUCCCAAAGCACGAACUCGGUUCAUUGCAAGGAAAGGGAAGCCCCUACUUGAUCUAUCUAUUGGCACUCGACCAUUCGGGUGGACUGAAUCUGUGCUUUCGAAUGAAUCCUUCCCUUGGAAUGACCCCUGACUUGAACCUUUGAGCCCAACUGAUAGCACAGAACUGAUAGAGAAUGCGUCCUCAUCAGUUAUGGUUUGUAUUCAUCUUUCUUUUCAUAACAGCCGAAAUGAUGGACUAUAUCCAACUAUUGUAUUGCAUAUAUUGGUUCUCUCAUUCUUCAUUGUCUGCCUAAGUAACUGUAAAUACCUAUUACUUAUGAGUCCCUAUAAAGUCAAGUACAAAAAAGUCAGCUAUCUAGUAGUCCUUUAGCUUCGCUUCUCGCUCUCCUAUAACUCUAAUCAACCACUCAGAACAGAAGUUCUCGGGUUAAACCCCCGAGUUGGCAACAGUCGAACGCUAAGUCCCCGAUAUAGCUCAGUGAACUAGCCAAGGGUCAAAGUACAAAAGCAAUCGACAAUCGAAAACCACGAUAGGAGCUUACCGGGCAAGAAAGGAAAUGCUCCCAUUUAGUCACCCACCUUCUAUCGUGUCUUAUUUCGAUCAUUCUUAACCUCACACCUCUAUGGCAGAAAGCAGAAGCGCCGGGAAAGACAGCUGGCGGUAUGUAUAACAAGCAGUUCCGGGGCUCAUACUAAGAGAGAGAAGGGCCCACUACGAAGAAGAUAGGUCCCUACCCUAGACACAUUUAAGGUCAAAGAGAUUCCCGAUAUUGUAUUAUAUUUAUGUUUGACAGCGCGGCACUAGUCAGAAGAAGAUCGACGAACUCUGCGAUACCAUAUUGGAACCAUAGAGAUGCCCCGUACUCUCCUCGGGUAAGCCCUUUUGAAGCUGAGAGGGAAUAGCACUUAUAAGAUAUUGCCAGCUAGUUUCAGUGGAAUGAACCCGGAAUCUUUCUGAAAGGUCACUGAUGGCCUUUCAAAGGAGAACUGUAUAGCUGCGCACUUGUUUGCGAAACAGGUACGUCAAUUAUACCGUAAGUCCGGUCCUUUAUCUACUGCACUUUAUUUAAAGCAGUGUGGCGUUUGCCUUCAACAGGUUUACGCCGGGCCGCCUUACGAGCAUGAGAGACUACCAGUUUUCGUCUCCCUCAGUCGGAAUGGUCUACCUAGGAUCAUUCCUUCAUUUCACCGUAAGGUGAUAAUGAGGAAGGAUGAUAAGGCGGACACAUUAGUUCAGUUAUAUCUAUCCUUCUUUUAUUCACUUUGUCACGGGUCAUACCGUUGGCAAAGCGAUUAAGUGUGAGAAUACUUGAUUCUAUUGUGACCCCUCCCAAGUUUCUGCAGACUGAAAGAGCAUUUGAUAUGAUUAAAAUCUUACAAUUGUUCAAUCAGAUCUCAGACUCUUGGCGAGUUCUGCUUCCUAGGUACCUUCCAUCGUUGACCUCUAUACCUCUUAAGGGUAUUGGCUUCGAUUCUGGCAGAAGCGGGAUGGCACACGACCUUUUAUGUUAGGUUAGGGUCCAAGGGAACGACCAUACCGAGGGAUAGAUACUUGGAAAACCUAUAGAAAGGUGCGAGACUAUAUCCACAUCGAUUAAAAUCAUUAAGUGUUAGUUUUGAUGACAAAACUCUUACCUGGCGUGUCGAAAAGGUGAGGGUGCUCCUCCCGCAUCUUCUCCUCUAGUUCCCAUGUAGCUUCGCGCUCGGAAUGAUUCCUACACGACGUAUGGAAUUGUGCGCGUCCUGAGUACCUGAUCCUUUCUGUCAACAAUCUUCUCCGGGCGUUCUUCAUAAGUUAAUUUAUUAUCUACAACCAUAUCCUCUAUCAACCAGAUAUGCUCUGGCGGACGGUACGUAUUUCCUCAGCAUGGAUACGUGGAAUACUUUGUGAACUCAGGAGAGCGCUGGAGGUAGUGCCAAAAGGUAUGCCACAUCGCCUAUCGCUUACUUGCGUUAAAUGAAUGAAGUUUGCUCUUUCGAAAAUCGAUUAGAUAGCAAUGUUACUCUGAGUUCCUGCUUCACUACAGGGGAAAGGGAAAGAAACGAAAAAAAAUUAGUUAAGCAAAGCCCAUGGCCUACCCCUCCUACUCUUCCAUACCAGUGAAAGAAGUUAUUCUUUCGAAUAGGCCUAACCCUUGGGGAGAGGGUUAUGUUAUUGGGUUAUAAAGAGGGACUCCCACCUAACUCAACCAUAAGGAGACAUUUAGAAUAGUGAUUUAUUAUGAAGACUUUUACUAGCAAGUAAGUGCCGUGCCCUCAAGUCAAGCAAGGUACCGAGUUAGAUAAAGAAUUAUAGGGGUGCAAGCCCGGAUACUAACUAUUUCCCUUGCAUUUUUAAAGCAUGAUUUUUACCUUCGGGGAGGGAUACUUAUUUCUUUGACUUUAUAGAAAACAUUUAUACUUGAUUGAAGAUAUACCAAAACUCUCGUCUAUUUCGAUGGUAUGAUAGUAACUAGAGCUCCGGAGAAAAUGACCAUAGAAUUCUUUCUUAGCCUUAGACAAAGAGAACGGGAAACCAGGAACCAAGCAGGCCUCUUGGCAGGAAAACAAGCUAGAUCACGUUCUCGAAAUAAACCCAGUUUUUUAGGUAGGAUUUGGUUGGUGGUCCAUUAAGGUCUUGACCCCCUAGGAACUACUCGGAAAUAAGGUAAGUAAGUUAGAGAGCUCUGUCCCAAUUGUUGAGGAAUGGGGUCUUAAGACAGACAAGGCUUUAGUAACGAGUUUUACUAACCGAGGAUUAAAUUGCCACAGACCAGCAUCAGCUAGCUCAUGUCUUGGGCAGACUAGCUUUUACCAAUAAAUAGUAAAAGAUUGCUUUGGUGGUAGGUGAAGUUGUAACAAAGUUCCCUUUUUCAAUCAGUUCCAAGACCCCGAGGCUCGAGCCCUCAAUCAGAUUUUAGGGGGAUCUUUGCCGUUGAUCCUAGCAAUGAAGAAAGAUGAUCUUCCUUUAGCCGGGCACACACCCAGUAAGAUGUGAAGCUGUUCACUUCCCUGGUUAAGACAGAUUCCCAAGCUAUAGAUAAUAACUUAGCUCUUUUUCUUCUGCCUCGAUAGAACUUUUUAGUGACUACCCUAAGAAAUCAGACUUAUGCUCAGUUCUCCUCGGGAUAAGCUGCUCUUGUUUCAUAAGCAAAUGUGGCAACUGGUGGUAACGUAUAAAAGUACCCUAUACUAUGUGUGAGCCGUUAGAGUAUAAUCAAGUCCAUGUCUUCUUAGUCAGUGUCUCAGUCACGGAAAUGAAAAGUACAAUGUCCCAUCCCAGGUAUACUACUAAAGCUCUAACUCUUCUCUGUCUUCUAGACGAGUGAAGUGACCAAUGGGGAUUGGUCACGAACGCUAUAAGCGAGGUUGCUUUCCGCCUGAGUACAUCUCACAUUGUGGUACCCUUUAGAGUUAUAGUCAAUGUAUCACUGGUAUAGGAGUUUAUUAUCCGUCUGAGAUUGGGUUGGUGUUAAGUGUACUAUUACUAUAAGGUACAAGAUCGAAAAAACACAGAGUGAAUACAUCUGUCGUUCUCUAGUUUAUAUGCUAGAGUUGUUUCAUCCAUUUAUAUUUAUACUCGGUGAGGCACCUUUUUAGGAAAAUCCUACGAAAUCCCAUCGGUUCCAGCUUAGUGAGUUUCAUGGAGGAAAGGGGAUUGAUGACUUUUAUAAGUGAUUUGAGCAAUUCAACUAAAGUGAAUAAAAAGAAAGGAUCUUCUUUUCAUCCAAGCGCUCUGUACGCUGUGUGCUAUUUUUACAUCUCAUUACUACCUAUCAAGUUAAACUUGCCUAUGGUAUACCCACCUAUAGAGUGGCGGAAUGCCCGCAAUGAUGGUUAAAAUGCUAGCCAGAUGUCCGAUCUUAUAGGGGGUUACUUAAGUUGUCCAACAUUAGAUAUGUAUGAUCGUUAUCGCCUGUUAAGUAGCGUAAACUUUAAUCACUUCAAUAUCAAUAUUUUUCUUCCACCAAAUGAGUAUGAUCUGUGUAAUGUAAUGAACAAGCUGCAGGGUCAGGCCUUUCAAAUCAACAGUGAUUGGUUGAAAUAUCUUCAAAAAUAAUUAUAACUUAUUUGUUGAAAAUGGUUUACUUUACUCAUGCCAUAAUUUCUAGCCUCAAUGAAUCAAAAAGGGGUAUUAAGCUUACUUAGAGUGUUACACUUGAAAGAUGUAGAUAUUAACGAAAAAUAGAGUUUGAGCGAUUUGUUAAAUACAUUAUAUAAUAACAUACAGCGUGCUCGUUAUGAGCAAUUUAUUAUUAAUGUGGCAUCAGCCUAUGAUGGAUAUAAAUUUUGCCUCCCUUUCUCGACUUCCGAGGUAGAAUCUACCGCAGUGGGAUCUUGCAUUUACACGAGGGUGAUCUAGCAAGAAGCCUGAUCGUCUUUGCUGAUGAUUUGAAAUCAACUAAGAAGAUUACAGAUUCUAUGAAAAGCCAUUUUCUAUGUGCUACAAGCUUCCAUUACCAGUCAUUCGAGAGUUUCAAAGAUGCAAUGAAAUGGUUUUAUAAGAACUUUAUAAAAUACAAGCACAGUAGUGAGAACUAUGCGAAACUUAUCGCGAAGGCUCGGUCCGCUAAACGCCCCUUUCAGUUCCUCGGGAAUCUAUUAGGAUUCUUCUCAAAUAAAAAUAUUAUUAAAACCACGCCUAUUGUCCAAGACGCAUCAGCAAGUGCCUAUCAGAUCAUGAGUUACUUUUUGUUGGAUGAAACCAUGGCAGAGAGAACGAACCUCAUCUCAAAUAAAGAUAACAAAAUUAAUUAUGUUUAUUCCUUUAUUCUCGAAGAUCUCCUUAAGUUCUUGAAAGUUGAACUGGAUAAGGAUCUAUCAAGUAUAGUUUGCAAGUACCUCACUCGUAAGAUAGUAACAAGUAUUUUUAUAACAUCGUUUCCGUUCCGUUCCGUGGUCAAUAUACUCAAGAGUUGAGGACCCGAAUUCGGUCUAUGUCCGGGCUGCUGCGGCGCUCACUGGUAUUUUACCUCAUAUCAUAUUUUGAAAAAGUCUGUCUUGCUCAUCCCUGACUUCCUUAGUCACUAAGAGAGCAUCUAUUGAGUACAUUUCCCAUUGGGCGUCUGGGGUUGGUUUAAGGAAAAAUCGGGGUCGGACUCGGAUUCUUAGUCGGAUGAGUCAACUAUACUUGAGAACUGCGCCUGAAUUACCUUUUUAAGCUUUUCCGUACUCCAGCUAUUGAAUGAGUCAAGUAGCUGGUUAAGAAAAGAGUUUCUUUCCUUUUAUCGCUUUGCUAUCUCACGAAUUGGAUUUGAACCAAUAUCUCCGGGCGACUUUCCUUUUAGUCGAUCGUGAGUGGUCUGUCGUCCUCCUCAUUAUAGUCCUCCUAAAAUCAAUAGCAUUUCGUCGGAAAACAUCCUGUCUUUUUACCUGAGUAGUCCUAUGCAUAGUCAGUACUAUAGCCCCAAUCAUGGCAACUAAUAAAAUUAGACUAGAAACCAAAAACCAGACGAAAUAGUAGGUAUAAAGUAAAUUGCCCAAUGUUUCCAAAUUAGUCCAACUUCGUACCUUUCCGGCAUAAACCGUAUAUCUCAGAGAGGUCGUAUUUCUUUGGGUUGGUAGUAAUGGAAUGGUUUCAUUAUCUAAAAUGAAGAACAUUUCCCACCAAAGGAUCAGUCCAAUAAUACCACUCACUGGUAAAUAGCGCAAUACUUCUUCGUGAAUCUCCGCUAUUUGAAUAUGGAACAUCAUAACAACGAAUAGGAAUGAAACGGCUAUAGCUCCUAUAUGAACUACUGGGAAGAUCAUAGCGGAGAAGUCGAGACCUAACAAAAUAAGUAAACCUGAAGUGUCGCGAAAGACUGGGAU